AUGGGUAGGAAAGUAUACGUAGUUGGUGUCGGUAUGACGAAGUUCGUAAAACCUAAUUCUGGUAAGGAUUAUCCAGAGAUGGGUAAAGAGGCGGUAGAAUCGGCCCUUAAUGACGCUCAAAUCCCAUACGACGUCGUUCAGCAGGCGGUUUGUGGCUAUGUAUUCGGUGAUUCUACUUGCGGCCAACGAGUGCUUUAUCAAGUUGGCAUGACUGGUAUCCCUAUUUACAACGUAAACAAUAAUUGUUCCACGGGCUCCAAUGCUCUUUUUAUUGCUAAACAGUUUAUUGAAGGAGGCAUAGCAGAUGUGGUAUUGGCUGUGGGUUUUGAGAAAAUGGCUCCGGGAGCCCUUGGUGGGAGUGGUUUUACAGACAGAACAAAUCCUCUGGAUAGGCACACAUUAAAAAUGGCUGAAAUGGUCGAUUUAGCUGGAGCACCCAUGACUGCUCAAUAUUUUGGUAAUGCAGCUAUGGAACAUAUGAAAAAAUAUGGCACAACCGAAUUGCAUCUGGCUAAAAUAGCUGCUAAGAAUCACCGCCAUGGAGCUAAAAACCCUAGAGCUCAAAAUGGCCGAGAAUACACUGUGGAGGAGGUAUUAAAAUCCAGGAAAAUUUAUGGACCUUUGACCAAACUUGAGUGUUGCCCAACCAGUGAUGGUGCUGGUGCAGCAGUUCUCAUGUCUGAAGAAGCUGUUAUCCGAUAUGGUCUUCAGAAAAAAGCUGUUGAGAUCAUUGGCAUGGAAAUGGCUACGGACACUGCUGCAGUUUUCACAGAAAAUAGUUUGAUGAAAGUCGCCGGUUAUGAUAUGACAGCUUUAGCAGCAAAGCAACUUUAUGAAAAGACUGGCAUCACACCAAAACAAAUUGAUGUAGUAGAACUCCAUGAUUGUUUUGCUGCUAAUGAGCUUAUUACAUAUGAAGGUCUCCAACUGUGUGGUGAGGGUGAGGCUGGUAAAUUUAUUGAUUCGGGUGAUAACACAUAUGGUGGUAAAGUGGUAGUAAACCCAAGUGGUGGAUUAAUAGCAAAGGGUCAUCCGUUAGGAGCUACUGGAUUGGCACAGUGUGCAGAGUUAGUUUGGCAGCUUCGAGGAGAGGCUGGAGAUAGACAGGUUCCGCGCGCCCGCAUCGCCCUGCAGCACAACCUGGGCCUCGGUGGAGCCGUCGUCAUAACCAUGUACCGCAAGGGCUUCGAGAAUGUCGCGCCGAAGCAGGUGGCCGCCAUCACAGACGACCCUCAGUGCUUCAAGGUCUACAAGUACAUGCAGCUGCUCGAGGAGGCGAUGCAGAACGACGAGGAGAAGCUCAUCGAGAAGGUCCGCGGCGUCUACGGGUUCAAGGUGCGCAACGGGCCCAACGGCGAGGAGGGCUACUGGGUGGUGAACGCCAAGGAGGGCAAGGGCAGGGUGACGUACAACGGCAAAGAGAAGCCGGACGUCACGUUCACGAUCAACGACGAGGAUGUGGUGGAGCUGAUAUCGGGCAAGCUGAACCCGCAGAAGGCGUUCUUCCAGGGCAAGAUCAAGAUCCAGGGCAACAUGGGGCUGGCGAUGAAGCUCACCGACCUGCAGAGGUCCGCCGCGGGCAGGAUCGACGCGAUCCGCUCGAAGCUG